AUGAAUGACAAUUGCGAAACUAUAAUAACUGAAACAGGAUGGGGUAUUUGGCAUUACUUUGUCGUUACAUUAUGCGGCUUGCUAUCAUUCGCAGAAGCAAAUACUUCCCUGACUAUACCCAUCGUGGCACCGCUAAUAGAGUGUGAUCUAAAGCUUAAUAGAGAUCAGGUCGCCUUGCUUGUUGCUACUUCCAGUUUUGGGAUGGCAGUAGGUGCUUUCCUGUUUGGAUCUAUAUCGGACACUAUCGGUCGUAAAAAAUCGAUCCCGAUUACGAUGGGCAUCGUGUUUUGCGCCUCGAUUGCCCUGGCCUUUGCGCAAACUAAUUUUUUAAUAUAUUUAUCAAUAUUUAUGUUAGGACUGGGAGUGGCUGGUAACAAUAUCGUCCUCAGAGUGUACCUGAUCGAAUGCCUACCGACGAGAAAGAGAGGAACUUGCUUAGCAAUAAUCGACAUGUUCUGGAUAGUCGGCUACCUAUCAGCUUUAGUCCUCGCCGCUCUCUUCGGCACGCCGAGCCUGGUGAUCGCUUGCGCCUCUGGUCUCCUUCCGCCGAGUCCUCGACAUUUGUUGUACCGUAGACGAACGAGACAAGCAUUCGCGGUACUCCGACAGAUGUACGCCAUCAAUAAUUCGAAACACGCCGAUACCUACCCGAUCAGGGACUUAGAAGACUGCGUACGUCCAGACGACGAUACCGAAGAAGACAGUAUUUCAAAGUACUUUAGGAAAACUUGGGAACGCAUUCACAGAAUCCAUAAGACUCCGUAUAAGUGCGUGACACUGUGCGGGAUAUUAGCGUGUCUCCUACAUUUUCCCGGAUUCGCUUGGCUCGCUCUGUGGAAUACGCACGUGCUUCAGGAAACGGAAAGAGACCAUGUCGUGAGUGGAAACGAUACGUGUAAAGUCCAUGUCCAGAACCUGCCAUUAGAUUUUUUGCGAAGCUGCGACGAGGUGAACGAGACUCGUUUCGGCCUGCUGUUGCUGGUAUCGCUGGGCUACGUGCUGGGAGAAAUGUUGCUCAUUAUCGGAAUCGGCGCCGUUGGAAGGAAACUGUAUUUAAUAUCUUCGGGACUGGUGGGUGGUGUAGUCUCGCUCAUACUUAUUUUUCGGCUGUACCACACAAUUCGUGUAAUUCUGUCGUCGAUUUUCUUGGCCGCUUACGCUAUCGGACGCACGACGACGUGCGUUUUGCUGCUGGAGAAUUAUCCCACUGCUUUGAGAGGCACGGCAAUGGGCUUGACAAGAGUGCUUCCACAUUUGAUGCUUUUCGCAACGCAACUUUUCCUAAGGACGACUUGCCUGAUAAGUGCGGCUAUUGUAAUGCUGCCAGUGCCAGAUUUAACCACGUUACCGAUGAAGGAAUAAGUCAAACUUCCGGCUACGUAUACAUGAUGAUUUAUUUUCCACGCAAUUGUA